CCGAUUGCCAUGGCACCUGUGGUCACAAUCGGCCAGGGCCGCCUGGUCUUUGAGGCCUCGACCCCGCCCACUCCCGCUUCCCCAAGAAUUGAGGUGGGCCUUUCCGCCCUCCGGGGCCCACACACCCACGGAGGCACUCCAAGCUUCAGGGCACUCAGUGAGGCGAAGGCCGACCCUUGCCGUCCGUGAGACCCGAGGGCCACAAUGAACGAGGUGAAGGAGAGUCUCCGCAGCAUUGAGCAGAAGUACAAGCUCUUCCAGCAACAACAGUUCACCUUCAUUGCCGCUCUAGAGCACUGCCGGGAGAAUGCCCACGACAAAAUCCGGCCCAUCUCCAGCGUGGGACAGGUGCAGAGCUACAUGGAACACUACUGCAACAACUCUACGGACCGGAGAAUUCUGCUCAUGUUCCUGGACAUCUGCUCGGAGCUCAACAAGCUCUGCCAGCACUUCGAGGCGCUGCACUCUGGCACCCCUGUCACCAACAGCCUUCUCGAGAAAUGCAAAACCCUGGUCAGCCAAAGCAAUGACUUGAGCAGCCUCAGAGCAAAGUACCCGCACGAUGUAGUGAACCACCUGAGCUGUGAUGAGGCCAGGAACCACUACGGAGGCGUGGUCAGCCUCAUCCCUAUAGUCCUGGACUUAAUGAAAGAGUGGAUUGCUCAUUCGGAGAAGCUUCCUCGCAAAGUGCUGCAGCACGUGAGUGAGGUCCUGGGUAGCCAGGGAGCCGCCGCAGCCACCACCAGACCUGCCCAGACCACGGUUACCCAGCAUUGGUUAGGAAAACACAAGUAUAGGCAGCUUGCAAAAGAGAGCCUCAAAUCUAGGGGGAAAGACAAAGGCCCGAAGCCUCCCUGGAAACCACCCGGUGGGAAACUGUAACUCGCUGUCAAUGUACUUGGCUUCCACGGGUCAUCCAUUUUCACUGGGGGCCAAUACACCAUUGAGAAUAUCCCUCUCGCGCGCGCUUUUCACUUCUAACAUCUCCGCCUCUUGACUUCUGUGUUGACGAAAGGGAUCCUUACUCAUGGAGCUGCCUAAACAAUAUGGUGUUGGCAGGGCAUGUCCCAGACGCAGGGUGUUGUGCUGAUGCCCAGGCCUCCUGCCCAGCUGUGGCUUCUGGCUCUGUAGUGAACAACUGGGGGGGGGGGGCUACUUAGCUUCUUAUCUUGACAAGGACAAGAUGAGCUGCAAGGUCUCUCAUGAACAAGUUAGGGGAAAGGGAUCAAGAGGCUGAAUUCGUUUGUGUUCAGUUCCCUGGACUAAAACAAGGGAUGAAUGCUCUCUCCUUCUUUGGGAGAGGGAGAGCACGGCAGAAGUCAGACUGUUUUGUGGCCCUUGAGCCUGGUCUCUGCAGCGGUCUAGUCUACCCACACUGUAAAUGUGCACUUCUGACUUCUGGGCCUGCCAGAAGUGAGCUCUGACUGUUGGUUUUUCCCUUCACAGGGGACGACUUAGAUUCUGUAUUGUUGCUUCCUCGGGGGGAGACAUUCAAGA